CUCGUUCUACAUCAAGUUCCGUUCGGCUGCCUCACAAAACAUGCGAAGCACCACAUAUACUCUGCUCGGCCAGCCUUGAAUAUGGAGGAAGCACCGUCACGAGCGCUCGCAAAGCGCAAAACAGAGACAUCUCUGAUGCCCCCACCGCCGCGACCCAAACGACAAAAGAGACCGGCGAAGGUCCUCGACGAGGACGUCUACUCGGAUGCGCUCUCUCACAUCAUUGCUCGAGACUUCUUCCCCGGGCUACGCGAGACCGAAGCCCAGCAAGACUACCUGCAGGCUCUUGACAGCAAGGACAAGAGCCGGAUUCGAGAUGCGGGAAGGAAGUUGACACAGGCCAUGACUCCACUGCCAGCAGGACGUCGACGCAUGGGAACUGGGACGAGCUUCACGCCCAGCAGAAAUGCUGCGCUUGCAGACACGCCACGUGGCUUCGUGGGCGAUACACCUGGUCGGACUCCUGUGGACAGUGGCCAUUUCGCGCCCGAAGAAGAGAAGCCCGAAGUGGACGUGAACAUGUCGCUGGGUGCCUUUCAGUCAAAGUACACCUCCGAAGACAACGAGAGUUUUAACGCAUUGCUCGACAACCAGAACGAGAAGCGGGCAUCAAAGUACACUUUCUUCCAUCAUGGUAAUAAAAUACCUACCGCGAGACAGAUUGCCUAUCGCGAGCAGGCGCAAAAGCUCCUGCCAAGCGGGCAGGGGUCUACGGUCUUGACAACAACAAGUUCUGCUGCAGAGCAGAGUCUCGCCGUCGCUACUGCCAGACCAUCUCAGGAUCUGGAUGAGCGGCCCGCUUCUGUGGACAAUUUCACGAACCGACAAGGUCCCCGGAACACAUUCAUGUUUGGCCCCGAUAGUGUUGAGGACCAAUUUGUAACAAGAGCGCAAAACGCGGAGUCGAUAUCGAAUGCUCCGCCCAAGGCUGUCAACUAUAACGCAACGCGCUUCAUAGGGUCCAAUACAGACGCAGAGAGAGCGGUGCCUGCAAGUCCGUCUAUGAGUGCUGUUGAUGCUGCGAUCGUUGGACGACCAAGAGCCACUGGGACCGAGAGUGGCUACAGUGGAGCAGAGACGCCUCGUGUGAAUGGUUAUGCUUUCGUGGAUGCAGAGCCAAGCCCCAGCGAAAUGGGAUUCCCCGUGACAGACGAGGAAGCUGAUCGAGCAGAACAAGAGGCAGCGCUCCAGCUUCUACCCAAAGUCGAGUCUGGUGGCCCCAACCCCUUUUACAUCAAGGAACGUAGCAAGCGCGAAGACGUUCUCCACAGACUAGUUGAGAAAUCUGAUGCUGGGCGGAGAAGAGGCGGUAGAAUGGAACAACUCCGAAGUCUUGGUAUCACGCCUGGAAGAACGCCGACACCUCGUUUUGCGAGUGGUGCGAACAUCCGCAAGACUGGUAUGACGCCAGCAGCUCAGGCACUGGCUAAGACAAUUGGUACGCCCCGACGUGAAGGCAGUUUCUUACCAUCCCGUGCCGAGAAGAGCAGCUGGACGCCACGAGUGAUCAAACGACAGACAUGAAAAUUAAUUGUGAACGACUUGUACACAGAAGUGAACAUCUAAGAGCAGCCUACCUCCUAUGACGAGAAGCAGGGGUUUGAUAAGAUACCCCGCGAUUCAUCGUCACAGCUGCUCGAGUCCAGCGACACAAAAGGCACCACUCACAACAACACAGUACCUUAUGCAAGGCAAGUUCAUAUUUCUUAUCCCGUGCAGCAAGCAGCCCUGGUCGGCGAAGACAUGACUGCAGCAUCGUCUUCCUCCUCAAGACCCUGGCUGGCCGCUGUGCUCAUUUGUGCAGCAGUUAUGCGAAGGUACUGGUCAUCACGACUUGCAUUCAAGCUCGAGCAGUAAGGUACAUGUAGUUGUAAGAACAUCCCUACGUGACCUGGUCGGACGCAGAGGUGUCUUGGCCACAUUGGUAAAUCACAAGACACAUGUAUACCGUGCUCUGCACUCACCAUUGUUGCUGAGCUACACAGGUCGAGAAUUGCGACUGCGUGAAAGAGCGGCAUCUUGGAGAGCAUCGUGACAAUCAGAGUGACUGCUCUUCCUCAGCCCAUACAAGACAAUGCAAAGGAUCCCAAAAAAAGCCAUGGAGCACCGGAUUUGCCUCAAGGUGUCAGAGAUCCGCGGCGGUGACCCGGCAGACGGUACUUGAGGCUUGAGCUUGUCGCGCGGUGGAUCCGGGGGAGUGGCUUGUCUGGAGAACUAUAUGUCGUGCAGCUCUGCUAGCUUCGAUGCCAGGCACGGCUUUGUCGAUGCCGUCGCAACACUUGUCUAAUGAGCAUGGUAGCGUCGGAAGCCAUGCGCAGCUUUCAUAUGGACAUCUGAGAUGAAGCUCUCCGAAGUCUGUUGACUUGGAUGGAUGCAAGAGAGGAGGGAUUGGGAGUUGGACAUCGGGAAAAAUACGGCACUCUGCGUGAGGGUUGUGUGCACGACCCCGGCCCCGCAGACUAGUUGUAUGGUUUUAGAUCUGUUCAUAUCUGAUCAUUCUGAUGGCCGCAAGCUGUCUAUCCUCCACCGGCUCUGUGCGUAGACGCGCCGUAGUACCAGGUACUCUUAUGUACUAUGUAGUUACUCUUAC